UCCCUCUCUCCUCCUCCACCUCCGCAGCUCCACAGUUCCCGCCGGUAAACAAUUCUCAGCUCAGUUUCCAUUGCUAAACUCCCAUGGUUCUUCAUCUGAGAGUUCAUCCCUCUCUCUACAACCGUCGAAUCUCCUUCCUCUUCUCUCCUUCCUCGAGAAAUCUCAGUACGGCGUCGCUUCUGCUAAACUCCAACCAAACCGUUACCGAGCCGUUAGCGAAGUCAGAGCUCGAAUCCAUAGUUCUCAAACAAUACUCCCACGGGAAGUUCUACAAUCUCGUCCAAAACGCCGUCGCUUUGCCCUCCGUCCUUCUAACCGCCUGUCAUAGCCUCUCUCUCGCCGCCAGCUCGUGCGAUUCGCUAACCGAUCGCGUCUCCAGGAGAUUCUCGAUCGAAGAAAUGGGACGCGAGAUACGCGACGGAAGGUUCGAUAUCCCCUCCUGCUGCGUCGGAUUCGAAUCUCUCGUUCUCCCCAAUCUCAAACUCAAAGUGCUGAUCGAAGCCGUUAGGAUGGUUCUCGAGAUCGUCUACGACGAUCGAUUCGCGACGUUUAGUUACGGCGGGAGGGUUGGUAUGGGUAGGCAUACAGCGAUUCGUUACUUGAAAAACUCCGUGGAGAAUCCGCGGUGGUGGUUUCGCGUUUCGUUUGCGAGAGAGGUGUUCGGUGAUCGGAACGUUGAUAGGCUUUGUGUGUUUGUUGAGGAGAAGAUUAACGAUUGUUUGUUGGUAGAGAUGAUAAAGAAGCUCUUUGAGUUUGGGAUUCUGAGGAUCGAGCUUGGGGGGUGUGAUAAAGGGAGAGGGUUUCCUCAAGAGUGUGGAUUGAAUUCGAUUUUGAUUAAUGUUUACUUUGAUGGACUUGAUAAAGAGAUUCAAGAUAUGAGGUUGAAGAUGAAGCUCAAGAAUCCUCAGGAGGAUGCUACAAGUAAUGACAGUGUUUUCUAUAAGCCAGUGAAUGUUUAUGCAGUUAGGUAUUUGGAUGAGAUACUUCUGAUAACGUCUGGCUCGAAGAUGCUGACGAUGGAAUUGAAGAAGAAGGUUGUUGACGUUUUGGAGGAGAGGCUUGACCUGAGAGUAGAUAGAGUGAACACAUCGAUUCACAGUGCGGUUUCGGACAAGAUUAGCUUUUUAGGGAUGUAUCUUCAAGCUGUUCCACCUUCGGUUUUGCGUCCGCCUAUGUCUGAGAAAGCGGUUAGAGCAAUGAAGAAGUACGAGAGGCAGAAGGAAGUUAGGAGAGUGGAGCUUAGGAACGCUAGGGAGAGGAAUCGGAAGACGCUGGGUUUGAAAAUAUUUAGACAUGUUUUGAAGAAACUCAAGCAGAGCAACGGUUUCAGAUGUGAAUAUGAGAUAGAGAAUGAGGUCAGAGAAAUUUUCCGGAGUUGGGGAGAGGAAGUAAUGCAGGAGUUUAUGGGUUCUCUUGACGAGCGGUGGAAAUGGCAUUGGCUGCUCACUAGAGGAGACUUUCUCUCCUUGAGACAUAUACGAGAAAAGUUACCACAAGACCUUGUCGAUGCUUAUGAUGAAUUUCAGGAGCAGGUGGACAAACACUUGUCGCCGACCCAAGCUAGAAAGGAGCUAGACGAUGAGGAGAGGAGAGUAGAGGAAGAAGAGGAACAGAGAUAUGCUGAAAGGACGGUUCAGGAUUUGACUAAGUUAUGCAUGAAGGUGUCAGCUCCGGAAGAACUUGUCAGAAAGGCUGUUAAAUUAGUUGGGUUCACAAACAACAUGGGUCGGCCACGGCCUAUCAGCCACCUUCUGGCUCUUGAGGAUUCUGAUAUCAUCAAAUGGUAUGCGGGUGUAGGGCGUACAUGGCUUGACUUCUUCUGUUGUUGCCACAACUUUAAGAUGGUGAAAAUCAUUGUAAGUUAUCAUCUGAGAUUCUCCUGUAUUUUGACACUAGCGGAGAAGCACAGAUCCACCAAACGUGAAGCUAUUAGACACUACACGAAAGAUCUCAAAGUGUCUGAUCCUUACGGGAACGAAGAGAUGCAUUUUCCAUUGGAAAGAGAGGUUAAGAUGAUGGGAGAUAAAAACCUUUCAAACCCGAGACCUGUGGAUGGAACACUGUCUUUGGUAUUGAUCAGGCUUGCAUCUGAUGAGCCCUUGCAUUCUUGUGCUGCUAGUUUCUGUGAACGAUCAGAUACAACCAUGUACCGCGUACAUCUACUGCAAAACCGUUUGCAAAUCAACCCACUUGACGAAGAGAAAUGGGUUCGUGGCAUGGGCACAAUCCACUCAGCUUUGAAUCGGAAAUGUCUGCCUUUGUGUUCUGCUCACAUCAGUGAUGUAUACUUGGGUAAAUUGACUCUACAGGAUGUCGAUGGUAGCUCAUUCAUCGAUCUCAAGUGAUAUCACACACACACACACACACACGCUUACACUUUUUGAUGGCCAAAUGGAUGAAUACUUUCGUAAACUACUGCUUGACUGCGCAAUGCAAUGGAAGCUUCAUAUGUGUCAAAAGCGUUUGGGCAUUAACUACGCAGCAAUGGUGGUUAGGGUGAGAAACGUUUUAGUUGCUUGUUUCUAGAAGCUGAACAGUGUAGGUUUUGUGGUGGGGAGAAGAUGAAUAACAUUUGUCGAACUGGAUACAUAUUAGUUUAUCGGUUAUGUAAUGUAUCAAUCUGACAUUUAAGUAUGUUUGUUAAUGUAGUUGUUAGACAGAUAGUUUAUAAAUACCUUGAAGCUAAGGCAGGUGACAAUUUGGGUUUUAGUUUUACAAGAGAAGGGUGUUAUUUGUACCGUGUAAGAAGAAG